GCCCUGCGGAGCUCUCAAUCGGGGUCACGCUUCCUUCCUUCUCCCUCCCGCCCCUCCUUCCCUCCUGCCCACCUGGGCCUCUGCGGGGAGACGCGCACCUGGCAGCCCGCGGCCGCGCUCCGCCUUCCCCGCGCGGGCCGGGCGCCCCGAGCCUGCCCGCCCCGCACGCCCCGCGCCUGCAGGCGGCCUCGAGCGCUCGCUCGUUGAUGCCGUUUUGGGGGUGACCUGGCGCGGGGGGCGCGCCUCCACGGCGGGGGCGUGUUAGGGGCCGCGGGGUGAAGGGAGGGAGGCCGGCCGGCCGGACCCUGCGCGCAGUCCGGGUUUUGUGGCGCAGGAGGCCGCCGCGGCCGCGCGGGAGCGGGCGAUGUUGGAGCUGCGGCACCGGGGAGUGGGCCCCGGCCCCGGGGGAGCGGGGGCGCCGCCGCCCCCCGAGGGAGUGGCGGCCGGCGGCGACCACGAAGCCGAGAGCACCAGCGACAAAGAAACAGAUAUUGAUGACAGAUAUGGAGAUUUGGAUUCCAGAGCAGAUUCUGAGAUUCCAGAAAUUCCACCAUCCUCAGAUAGAACCCCUGAGAUCCUCAAGAAAGCACUCUCUGGUUUAUCUUCAAGGUGGAAAAACUGGUGGAUCCGUGGAAUUCUUACUCUGACGAUGAUUUCCUUGUUUUUCCUGAUCAUCUAUAUGGGAUCUUUUAUGCUGAUGCUCCUUGUUCUAGGCAUCCAAGUGAAAUGCUUCCAUGAAAUUAUCACUAUAGGUUACAGAGUCUAUCGUUCCUAUGACCUGCCAUGGUUUAGAACACUCAGCUGGUACUUUCUACUCUGUGUCAACUACUUUUUCUAUGGAGAGACUGUAGCUGAUUAUUUCGCUACAUUUGUUCAAAGAGAAGAGCAACUUCAGUUCCUCAUCCGCUACCAUAGAUUUAUAUCAUUUGCCCUCUAUCUGGCCGGUUUCUGCAUGUUUGUGCUGAGCUUGGUGAAGAAACAUUACCGACUGCAGUUCUACAUGUUCGCAUGGACUCAUGUCACUUUACUGAUAACAGUUACUCAGUCACAUCUUGUCAUCCAAAAUCUGUUUGAAGGCAUGAUAUGGUUCCUUGUUCCAAUAUCAAGUGUUAUCUGCAAUGACAUAACUGCUUACCUUUUUGGAUUUUUUUUUGGGAGAACUCCAUUAAUUAAGCUAUCUCCUAAAAAGACUUGGGAAGGAUUUAUUGGCGGUUUCUUCUCCACAGUCGUGUUUGGAUUCAUUGCUGCCUAUGUGUUAUCCAAGUACCAGUACUUUGUCUGUCCAGUGGAAUACCGAAGUGAUGUCAACUCCUUCGUUACGGAAUGUGAGCCCUCAGAACUUUUCCAGCUUCAGAGUUACUCCCUUCCUCCCUUCCUGAAGGCCGUGCUGAGACGGGAGAGAGUGAACUUGUACCCUUUCCAGAUCCACAGCAUUGCUCUGUCAACGUUUGCAUCUCUGAUUGGCCCCUUUGGAGGCUUCUUUGCCAGCGGAUUCAAAAGAGCUUUCAAAAUCAAGGAUUUUGCAAACACCAUUCCUGGACAUGGCGGGAUAAUGGACAGAUUUGAUUGUCAGUACCUGAUGGCAACGUUUGUGCAUGUCUACAUCACAAGUUUUAUAAGGGGCCCGAAUCCCAGCAAAGUGCUGCAGCAGUUGUUGGUGCUUCAGCCGGAACAGCAGUUAAAUAUAUACAAAACCCUGAAGAUGCACCUCAUUGAGAAAGGGAUCCUGCAGCCCACCUUGAAGGUAUAACCGGACCCGGAGAGGGAAGGACUGAGUCGACAAUAAGGAAUUCUACAGAAAAGCACUGACAGGCGAAAUUUUGUAAAUGUACAGAAAAAUGGUUGAAAAUGCACUAGAAUGAAGAUUUACAGGCACAAGUGUUUCUUCUCUGAAUUACUGUGAAUAUUUAACACACACUUACCUACUUGAUCUAAGUUAUGAAAUAAGUAGCAGAUCACCAGAGUAUUCUGUACUUUUUUCUAAAGUGUAUUUUCUGAUGUUAACUUCCUUUCCCUUACUUGCCAUGUUCAUAAUUUAAAAGACUGUUUUUAAAGAGUCAAAUAUUAUCAAAUGAGUCCAUUGAGGAUGUCUUAAGAUUGCACCUGAAUGUGUGCCCUUUGCACAAAUAUUUACUUUUGCACUUGGAGCUGCUCCGGAUUUUAGCAGAAUGUUCCCUGGAAGCUCACUAUAGGAAGUUCGUGCUCCUGCACUUCCUCCUCUUUGGGUUUGAAGUAUUUUCUGAGGGCUGAGUUGGAUCCAAAACAAAAGGAAAGUAAGUAAGCAAUCAUUUGCCGGGGGAAAACAUUCCACUUUUAGGUAGGUUUGAAAUUCAAGAGAGGGAGGCUGAAAUUUCUAUCUUUAUUGGCUGACAUCAGACUCUACUUCUGAUAAAGUUGUUUGGAAAAAACCUGACUUCGCAAAAGCCUUUGAAGAGAAACAAAGGAGAGUUCUGCUCUGAAGAACAUGUGUGCAGCCUCCACGGAGGACAAGCGCUCAGGAGACUGCGUAGGACAGGGACACGUGACACUUUGGGUCCAGUUCUCUGCUUUUCCUUGUUUCCCUGUGAACUGGUUUCUUAAAGUUCUGUGGCCAUGAGCACAAAAGAUGAGUACGUAGGGUAGAGAGCACGGGUGGUGGCUGAAGCAGAGAGGGGGUGCCCUGCUGAGCGAGAGUGACCCGUCCGUGGAUAAGGCUGUGUGUCCCGGCUCCCAUGCAGCUGGAAGCUUGAAGAUCUGCCUGGAGGCCCAGACCCUGACUGACAUCAUGGGAGAGCUCAUCUCUGUCCCUUUCCUUUCUCACAUCAUGUCAUAAAACCCGAGGACAUCAGCUGACAAUAUUCUUCUUCCAAGAAUGAAAAUCAAGCAGAAGUGAUUUCCCACCGAGAACAAAAAGCACACAAAUGUCAAACCUUUGUCUGAUGGACGAGGACAAGUUUCUUACCAGUGAAUGUAAAUAAGCUCAUGUUGCUGUGUGCUUUUUAUAACCAUACUUACUGUAUUGAAGAGGCAGCAAUAAAAUUGCCUAUUUGCUCCUUGGCUAAAUGUUCGGAGAGGAAUAAUAGAUAUAUUUUAAAGAAUGUUUUACUAAUGAAAAGAGGAAAUAUUUUUGUUUAAAUCAAAACAAGCUUCAAUUAUUUUAUAUUCCUGUUCUGUACCCACAAUCAAAGAGGGUAGAUAUGCUUGGGUCCCAGUACCGAUAGCCCUAGGAUGUCUCUUAAAGGGGCAGCUUCAUCACGCGCACUGCACGGCUGUCCUGGGUGCAGCUGAACUCAGAACCAAGCGUCUGGUUUCUCAGCUUGGCAUUCAGUUGCUUCACAACUGGAUGUAUUCAGUUAGCGUUAUUUCACCCUAUUCCAUAAAAACCUAGAAUUGGCAAUGGAAAUGUUAUAAGACAAAAUGAUCCCUUUUAAAAUCAGGCUACCUACCAGUUAAUUUUUAGCAUUUCUCAUUAUUUGCCUCACAAAAGCUCCAAAAAUGUUGAUCAGACAGGAAUGUAGCAUAUCAAUGUUGUAAAAUCAAAUAAAAAAUUUAUAAUAGGAACCUACAUUGAUAGAGAUUUGCACAAUAAAACUCUUUGGAGGUGCACAGUUCCCUUGCAUUUUCUAUAAGGUGGCUGCUGAGGCACUGCAGUGCAGAGUGAUAGUUGAGGAGAGUAUCACCGAUGAUUGGAAAAUCACUAUGACAAUAAAAUAUUAAGCUAGAAAUAUUUGGGGUCAGAAUAGUAACUUAUCUCAAAUAUACUUUGAGUUGGGUGUACACUAUUGUAUAUGUAAAAAGUAAAUUCUUUUAACAGCGCUAAAGUACCUUUUUGUACUUUUAGAGCAUGUAUAUUAAAAUAUAUUUUAUCAAAUGAUAGCCCUAAAACCCUGACUUUGAUCAUUUUUGUAUUUGCACUAUGAAAAGGACUUAAAUUCUAGUACAGCUACAUGAUGGCAGAAAAAUGAAAGACUAGGAACUUCCUUCAAGGUAACGGUCCAUUUUCCCAAAGUGGCUAGUUUGGGAAGUGCUCUGGGGGUACCUAUUGCUUGACUUUUUAACCUGUGGGAUGCAAAUGUUCCCUCGGUGUUUUCCCCUAUGGUGAUACAUAUACAUUUACUGUCUGAAAAGCAAAGACCACACCUACCCACCCACCUCUUUGUUUUUCGUUUACAGUAUCACUUUGUACCUUGGUUUGAACAAAGAUAGCAUCACUUUGUUCAGGGAAAAAGUAGAAGCAGUGUACAUAUACUGUAUGUGGGCAGGAGGUAGCUCGUAAUAUGUGUCCAUCAGUUCUCUGAAUCUUUUACUGAAACAUAGGAAAAUAAAACAGAUAAAUCACA